CCAUCAGGGUAGUUAGUCACUACGGCGUGUGGAUAUCUAGCUCGCUACGUACUUAGUAAACAAGAGCCGAAGUAACUACCUACGUAAACAUUUUAAGCUGCUAUUGUUAAAUUAAUCUAAUUUUAACAACAGAUGCGUCCCCAGUGAGUAGAUUGUUCUCCACUGGCUAGUUUAACCUUCCGUUUUCAGGUAACGUUGAGGCGUCCUCCGCCGAGGGCGUUUUUAGGAAACUCCCAGGACUGACUCAGAUUGAAGGCCGCAAACGAGCGGCAGUGCACGUGUACGCAUAGCUAGAUACGGAUACACUUUAGACAAGAUUUGAGUUUUCCCCAAUACAAUUUCGUACCCGUUUCGCUAAUAAUGUUUGGAUCGUCGAGAUCCGGGGGUGUGAGAGGAGGACAAGACCAGUUCAGCUGGGACGAUGUGAAGGGCGAUAAACACAGGGAAAACUACCUGGGCAACUCUCUUAUGGCCCCGGUGGGACGCUGGCAGAAAGGUCGGGACCUCACCUGGUACGCAAAGGAUAAGAAAGGUGGGGGGUCCGUGUCGAAGGAGGAGGAGCUUGCUGCUGUCCGGGCGGCAGAGCAGGAUGCUCUGAUGGCUGCACUAGGCUACAAGAAUGUAAAAAGACAGCCGACUGGCCUCACCAAAGAGGAUUUGGCAGACGUGUGCCGGAGGGAGGAGGCGGAGGGUGAUGACAGAGACGUGGACCGAGUUUCGGGUCUUGGCAGCUCCAGUUUGGGAUCGAAAAGAGUGAUACUGUCCAAGCAGGAGAAGGAAGCAGCAAAAAUGGGAUUGCCCAUCUUCACUCAUCAUAAAUCAGAAGUGCGGCAGGAGGCCACCAGUGUUAAGACUACAGAGAGCAAGGACAAAGCCCCUGAGGAGCAAAGACACGAGGACAAAAAGAAGAACAAAAAGGAAAAGAAGAGUAAGAAGGAGAAGAAGAAGAAGAAAGAAAAGAAGAAGAAACAUCACAAAAGACAGUCCUCCUCCUCAGAGUCUGAAUCAGAGGAUGAGCGUAUACGGAGGAGAAAGGACGACCACCUUCAUCAUCAUCAACAUCAUCAUCCAUCAUCGAGCCGGCAGAGUGGAGCCAGGCCCCGUGACAGCUAUUCACCGGGGGGGCCAAAGGCCGAGCCCCGCCCCCGCGCCCAGCCCCGCUGCCCCUCCCGCACCCCCUCCCCUGCCCGGAGACGGCAGCGUCACGACACAGACUCGUCCCCAGACAGGGGGUCUCCCAUCCCUCGGCAUCGCGCCAGCCUGCGGUCGGCCUCGCCGCCCCCAGCACGCAGCCACAAGCGCCGCCACGACACGGAUUCGGACGACUGAUCGGACCCCCCCAACCUGGCACUGGGAGGGGGGGCGGAGGGAGGGUGCCGCUGUCUCUCACCCUGCUAACUGAAUCGCAAGCACACCUGGUAGAGUUAAACCGGUUCAACCACCAGCAUAGACCAGGACUGAGUAGCAGGUGCUCAGCAAAGGUCUUUGGGUCUUUCCUUAAGGGGGAGCACAGCUAUGCUCUCCUUACUCUGAGUAUACACUGCCGCCCAAUUACUGAUUCAGGAUCAGCUAACUCAACCCUUAUUCCAUCAAAUCAAUUUGGCUGAAAAAUCUGAAACCAAUCCAGGGCCGCUGCCUCAGGCCACUAUGUAACAGAAUCACCACUGAGAUGGCAGGAAAACUGCUUCUUGCCAUUGUAGUUUAGUUGUCUGACAAAGUUCAUUGUAUGACGGUGAUUCAGAUUUGAGUUUUAUUUGCUCUUUUUUUACUUUUUUGUGUUGUCAGGGUUGAUUGUUCAUCUACAAUCAUUAAAAUUUUAAAUCUUUUACAGGGAGUAUAAAACAAGGGGUCAGUGUCAAAGGUCAUGUGCUUGCCACGUUUAUAUGGAAAUAUGCAUUUCCUUUACAAAAUGUACCGCCAGGGCAAGCUAAUGAUCCCAGAUCCCACAAAUUUAUCAUUAAGAUGGAAUGCAAAGCCUGUGUGAUAUACAUUGUAAAAUAUAUUGCAGGUACUUCCUAACUCUUAAUGCCAUCUGAUUCAUGUGGUCACAGCAUUAAUGCAUACCCAUGGUGAACAUAGAAAAGCCUGUCCAACUGCAGUUGUUCCUUGUGUUAUAGGUUGUAAUACAGUCUUUUUGAAUAUUCGGUGUGAGACUGAAAACUGUGGGUGCACGGUUCUCUUUGUUACUUCAAUUCAAAUAAAAUUUGCCCAGCAAUUGGGAGUCACUGUAUGGAACUGAUAGUUAUGUCCUCAGGGAUUCCUUAGCAAACAGAAUGUCCAGGCCAUUGAGUGUCUGCUGUAGAAUGGACACAGGCUGACACCUUAUUCUGUCCCUCCCUCCUCACUGUGUCAGUUGCAGAGCUAAUCAUCUCAGACGAGCCCUCCCUCACCCCUGUCUUUAUUUCCUCCUUCAAUGAGCGCUGCUUUGUCCCUUCUGUUCUGAGUUCAGCUCCCUUGCUGGUGAGGUUCCAUUGGAAUGCACUCCAG